AUGGCGCCCAAGGCCAAGGGCGGCGAGCCGCCGAAAAAGUCCAAAGCCUCCGUCGAAGACAAGACUUUUGGCAUGAAAAAUAAGAAAGGUGGCACUGCAAAGAGACAGAUUGCACAACUUCAGGCUCAGGCAAAGUCAAACAAGUCCCCCGAAGAGAAGCGAAAAGAAGCCGAGAAAGAACAGAGAAAGAAGGAGAAGGAGGCGGCCGAAAAGGCCAAAGCUGAGGCCGCUGAACUCUUCAAACCUGUCCAAGUCCAGAAGGUCCCCUUUGGUGUCGACCCCAAGACAGUGCUGUGUCAAUUUUUCAAGCAGGGUCACUGCGACAAGGGAAAGAAAUGCAAAUUUAGCCAUGAUCUUGAAGUGGGAAAGAAAGUGGCCAAACGGGACUUGUAUCAAGACACCCGGGAACAGGAGAAAGAGGAGAAAGAAAAAGACAACAUGGAGGAUUGGGAUGAAGAGAAGUUACGAAAGGUGGUGCUCAGUAAACAUGGCAAUCCCCGGACCACGACGGACAAAGUGUGCAAAUACUUCAUCCAAGCGGUGGAAGAUGGGAAAUAUGGCUGGUUUUGGACUUGUCCCAACGGAGGUGAUAAGUGCAUGUACAAGCACAGCUUACCGCCUGGGUUCGUACUGAAAACCAAGGAACAGAGGCGUGCCGAGAAGGCAUUGAUGGACAAGUCACCGAUGAACACACUAACCCUGGAAGAUUUCCUCGAGUCUGAACGACACAAAUUGACCGGAACCCUGACGCCCGUGACACCGGAGUCAUUCGCGAAGUGGAAGAAGGAGCGGAUGGACAAGAAGGCUGCCGAAGCAGAGGCCCUGAAAGCGAAAGACGCAACGGGCAGAGCCAUGUUCGAAAGCGGAAACUGGAAAGACUCGGAAGACGAAGACAGUGAGGACGAAGACGACGAUGAAGAUGAGGGCGACGGUGCAUGGAACUUGGAGGCUAUGCGCAAAGAAACUGAAAGGCUGCGGAUGCUGAGGGAAGAGGAGCGAUUAGCCAAAGCCAACGGUGAACCCGUUGCCGAUCGGAACGAUGACACGGAAAGCAACGCCGCAGAGAGUCAAGAAGGCGGCAACGACAAUGACGAGGACGGCGGCAAUGGCAGCAGUGAUGAGAGCAGAGAGGGUGUAAGCGAGACCAACGGGGAGAGCAGCGGGACAUGA